GGGGCGGGGGUGCCCAGGCGGGGGCUCAGCGCCUUCCCCCCCCAGCCCAUGGAGAUCUUCGUGGACGACGAGACGAAGCUGACGCUGCACGGCCUGCAGCAGUACUACGUCAAGCUCAAGGACAACGAGAAGAACAGGAAGCUCUUCGACCUGCUUGACGUGCUCGAGUUCAACCAGGUGGUGAUCUUCGUCAAGUCCGUGCAGCGCUGCAUCGCCCUGGCCCAGCUGCUGGUGGAGCAGAACUUCCCGGCCAUCGCCAUCCACCGGGGCAUGCCGCAGGAGGAGAGGUGAGGACCCCCGAAAUCACCCCAAAAACACCCUAAAAA